GCCGCUCGCGGCCGGAGCGGCGGCGGCGCUCGUGGCGCGCGCGGGCGCGCGGCGGUGGCGCCGCGGGGGCUGCGGGCUGCUCGCGUCGAGGAGGGACAGCUCCCGCGCCAUCGCGAGCGCGAGGGCGCCCAGCUCCACGGCCGCCCGGGAGCUGGACGUUACGACGGGCACCCUGGAGGUGCCCCAGGAGAUCCAGGAUAUCGCGGCCGCCGGCGCGGACACGAAGACCCCGCACUGGUCGGACGCCCCGGUGCUGGACGUGCGGACAAGCAAGGCGCGGCCAAUAGAGAAGAUGGUUUGGAAGGACUUGCACGGCAAGGCCUGCAUAGCAUCUGGUAUCCUGUUCGUCUUCGAGCUCGGCAGG